AUGCUGAAUGAUGCGCUGGGUGCUGUUAUGAAUGCAAUGCAAACAAAAAAUAAAAAAAGUGGGAGUGCGCAGAAGGUAGAUACUGCUGGUAAAGCUGGUCAAAAAGAGGCCAAGUUAAUAGAGGAAAAAGCAAAUAGUAAAAAGCUGAAAACAGCAAGUACUGAUCUUGAAAGAAAAAAUGCACCUGGGCGGUCAGCGAAGAGAGAAGAAAACGAAUCUCAGCGCUUAGCUAAAAAUAGACCAAAACGCUCUGUUAAGAAUAAACCGAAACGUUCUAUUAAGAAUAAAUCAAAACGUUCUAUUAAGAAUAAAUCAAAACGCUCUAUUAAGAAAAAAUCAAAACGCUCUAUUAAGAAAAAAUCAAAACGCUCUAUCAAAGGUAAAACAAAAUAUUCUACGAAAAAUAAAGUGAAAUCUAGUGAUUCACGUAAGUUAGAAGAGAGUGAAAGAAGACGAGAGGAAAUAAGGGCAGAAACAACGGCAAGUCUUUUGGCUGUGAUUCGAAAACGACCCACACCUCCAACAUCUGAUGAAUAUAUUAUAGUACCAUCAAACUACGAUGAGAUUGUUUUUCCUAAAAGUGAAGAAUGCAAGCUGAAAACAUCUGUUAGUAUGCAUGAAAUGAAAUGUGAGGAUUACAAAAAUGAUCAAGAAACGGCUAAGCAUGAACAGAUUGAUCACACUCAAGCUGAACACACCCGCGAUGAUACAGCUGAUGACGAUGAAUCAGAAGAGUCAUCUGAUGAACGAGGAGAAGAAGAUCCUGAGCAGGAGAAAUUAGAUUAUGGCACUGAUGAUGAUGGAUUAAAAAAAUCAGGUAAUUUAGUUCAGCAGGAAAAUUAUAGCAGAAGAAAGCUGGCUUUUACGAUUAAUCAGGCUGAUAUCGCGAAAGCAAACAUUAAUGAUGAUAAUGAUAAUGAAAAUGAAAAUGACGAUUAUGAUGAUGAGGAUGAAAAUAAGGACAGCAAUAAGCAGUGA